AUAUAUAAAAAAGAAAAAGGCAGCAUCCCCCAUUAUUCAAACUCAAAGUUACUAGUUUUUACAGUGAGAGAAAGAUGGUGAGACCCCAUGACACCACGUCAAGGCAGAUUUGCCAGCUCACUCAUAUCCAAGACAGUCUGUUCUACUUAUAGAACUAUAGUAAGCAGCAGUGAUAUCAUUGAUAUUUCCCGCCCCAAAUCACAAGCUUGGCUCUCACCAUUAUUUUAGUUCCUAAGUUAAAGGGAUUAAGGCAGAUUUCAUGGUCAUGAAAGUGAAUUUGUCAUGAAUUACGUAUAUACUUCAGCUUGAUGUUUAAAGUUCUCCACAAAUGAUUCCCAGGUGGGCCUCUGAUUUCUUCAGAUUUAUGUCCCACUAUUCCUCAGGGUUAUGCCAAACUGCAGGUGUUUCCUGAACAGGCCCAGUCAUUUUCCACCUAAUGUGGUGCUGUUUCCUUGCCUAAGAGUCCUAACACUCAUCAUUGCCUAUCAAAACCAUCCCUCCGAGCCCUCCUUCAAUACCACUUUCUCUGGGCAGCCUUCCCUAAUUGCUCUCUGGGUCAGGCCCCCUUGCCAUUCUGGCCUUGGCGUUGACCUCACUGUGCUCUGUGUCCUGGUUAACCUGCCUCAUCCCCUCAUUGGCCUGUCAGCUGCCUGGGAACUGCCACUGCUUCACUCCCUCACGUCCUUCCCUGUAACUGUCCAUGCAGGUCUGCCUGCCCCUUGCCCAAGAAUACCCUGUGAGGCUGAGGCUGCCCUUCCUGCGUCAUUAUGACAGACACCCAUUGUGGCACCACUUUGUGUAAGCUGUCCCUUCUCUUGGUGCGGGCACCAGUCUACCUUCUAUGCUAGAGUCUUUUCUAAGCUAUCUUCCAGAGGGCCACACUGGGCAUGGACACCCUUUUCCCUACCUGGAGGAGCACAGGUGAUAGUGUAAUUUUCCAGUCACGAAACUGUUAAGGCCGUCUCAGGGGCGUGUGCGCCAGGAUAGGAGGGCGGCGUCCGAGGACCACAUAGCCAUGCCUUUUGGUCUGAAGCUCCGCCGGACACGGCGCUACAACGUCCUGAGCAAGAACUGCUUUGUUACACGGAUUCGCCUGCUGGACAGCAAUGUUAUCGAGUGCACGCUGUCGGUGGAAAGCACAGGGCAAGAAUGCCUGGAGGCUGUGGCCCAGAGGCUGGAGCUGCGAGAGACACACUACUUUGGCCUUUGGUUUCUCAGCAAGAGCCAGCAAGCACGAUGGGUGGAGCUGGAAAAACCUCUGAAGAAACAUCUGGACAAAUUCGCUAAUGAGCCUCUGCUUUUCUUUGGAGUCAUGUUCUAUGUGCCAAAUGUGUCAUGGCUUCAGCAAGAGGCCACAAGAUAUCAGUAUUAUCUGCAAGUCAAAAAAGAUGUGCUUGAAGGGCGAUUACGAUGUACAUUGGACCAGGUGAUUCGGCUAGCCGGCCUAGCUGUGCAAGCUGAUUUUGGAGACUAUAAUCAGUUUGAUUCUCAAGAUUUCCUCAGAGAGUAUGUGCUAUUUCCUAUGGAUUUGGCCCUGGAAGAGGCUGUUCUGGAGGAGCUGACCCAGAAGGUAGCCCAAGAACACAAAGCCCACAGUGGAAUCCUGCCAGCAGAAGCUGAACUGAUGUACAUCAAUGAAGUGGAACGUUUGGAUGGAUUUGGACAGGAAAUCUUCCCUGUAAAGGACAAUCAUGGAAACUGUGUACACCUUGGCAUUUUCUUUAUGGGGAUUUUCGUGAGGAACAGAAUUGGAAGACAAGCAGUAAUACACAGGUGGAAUGACAUGGGGAAUAUCACUCAUAACAAGUCGACCAUUCUGGUGGAGCUCAUCAACAAAGAAGAGACUGCCCUCUUUCACACGGAUGAUAUCGAAAAUGCCAAGUAUAUUUCUCGGUUGUUUGCCACACGACACAAGUUUUACAAACAAAACAAAAUCUGCACUGAACAGUCAAAUUCUCCACCCCCCAUCAGACGCCAGCCCACCUGGAGCCGGUCCUCUCUGCCCAGGCAGCAGCCGUACAUCCUGCCUCCCGUUCACGUCCAGUGUGGUGAGCACUACUCGGAAACGCACACCUCGCAAGACAGCAUUUUUCAUGGGAAUGAAGAAGCCUUGUAUUGCAACUCUCACAACAGCCUGGACUUAAAUUAUUUAAAUGGCACCGUCACCAAUGGCAGCGUGUGUAGCGUUCAUAGCGUCAACUCCCUCAACUGCUCGCAAAGUUUCAUCCAGGCCUCCCCUGUAUCCUCCAACCUCAGUAUCCCUGGGAGUGACAUCAUGCGGGCCGACUACAUCCCGAGCCACCGGCACAGCGCGAUCAUCGUGCCCUCGUACAGGCCAACCCCCGAUUAUGAGACAGUCAUGCGCCAGAUGAAGAGGGGGAUACUGCAUACAGACAGCCAGAGCCAGUCUCUGAGAAACCUCAACAUCAUCAACACCCAUGCCUAUAACCAGCCAGAGGAUCUGGUGUACAGCCAACCAGAGAUGCGGGAGAGGCACCCCUACACUGUCCCUUAUGGGCCACAGGGGGUCUAUAGCAACAAACUUGUCAGUCCAUCUGACCAGAGGAACCCAAAGAAUAAUGUGGUACCAAGCAAGCCGGGGGCAAGCGCCAUCUCGCACACGGUGAGCACCCCAGAGCUGGCCAACAUGCAGCUGCAGGGCAACCAUAACUACAGCACGGCCCACAUGCUCAAGAACUAUCUCUUCAGGCCACCGCCCCCCUACCCACGGCCACGACCUGCCACCAGCACCCCAGACCUGGCCAGCCACCGCCACAAGUACAUCAGUGGCAGCAGCCCAGACCUGGUGACCCGGAAGGUGCAGCUCUCGGUAAAGACCUUCCAAGAGGACAGCUCUCCGGUGGUGCAUCAGUCUCUCCAGGAGGUGAGUGAGCCUCUUACGGCCACCAAGCACCAUGGCACGGUGAACAAGCGCCACAGCCUGGAGGUGAUGAACAGCAUGGUGCGGGGCAUGGAGGCCAUGACGCUCAAGUCACUCCACCUCCCCAUGGCUCGCCGCAACACGCUCCGGGAGCAGGGACCACCCGAGGAGGGGCCAGGCAGCCACGAGGUCCCCCAGCUCCCUCAGUAUCACCACAAGAAGACCUUCUCUGAUGCCACCAUGCUGAUCCACAGCAGCGAGAGCGAGGAGGAGGAGGAUGAGGCUCCAGAAUCGGUGCCCCAGAUCCCCGUGCUCCGGGAGAAGAUGGAGUACAGCGCCCAGCUGCAGGCGGCCCUGGCCCGCAUCCCCAACAAGCCCCCGCCUGAGUACCCCGGCCCAAGGAAGAGUGUGAGCAAUGGGGCUCUGAGGCAGGAACAACCCGGCCUUCCUCCCGGCAUGGCUAGAGCCAGGGUGCUGAGGCACGGGCCGGCCAAGGCCAUCAGCGUGUCCCGGACCGACCCGCCGGCUGUCAACGGGGCCUCUCUCGGCCCAUCCAUCUCAGAACCCGACCUGACAAGCGUGAAGGAGCGGGUCAAAAAAGAGCCUGUGAAGGAGAGACCUGUGUCUGAAAUGUUUUCCCUGGAGGACAGCAUUAUAGAGAGAGAGAUGAUGAUCAGGAAUCUAGAGAAGCAGAAGAUGGCAGGCCUGGAGGCACAGAAGAGGCCGCUGAUGUUGGCAGCGUUGAACGGGCUCUCGGUGGCUCGAGUCUCAGGGCGGGAAGAGAAUCGAGUUGAUGCCACCCGGGUUCCCAUGGACGAGAGGUUCAGAACCCUGAAGAAGAAACUAGAAGAGGGAAUGGUGUUCACAGAAUAUGAGCAAAUUCCAAAGAAAAAGGCGAAUGGCAUUUUCAGCACAGCAGCUCUGCCAGAAAAUGCCGAGCGCAGCCGAAUCCGUGAAGUUGUCCCCUAUGAGGAGAAUCGAGUAGAGCUGAUACCAACCAAAGAAAAUAACACGGGAUAUAUUAACGCCUCCCACAUCAAGGUGGUGGUUGGAGGGGCAGAAUGGCACUACAUAGCCACCCAGGGGCCCCUACCACACACGUGCCACGACUUCUGGCAGAUGGUGUGGGAGCAAGGAGUGAAUGUCAUUGCCAUGGUCACCGCAGAGGAGGAGGGUGGACGAACCAAAAGCCACCGAUACUGGCCCAAACUGGGUUCCAAGCACAGCUCAGCCACCUAUGGCAAGUUCAAGGUGACCACGAAGUUUCGAACAGAUUCUGUUUGCUAUGCAACCACAGGCUUGAAAGUCAAGCACCUUUUGUCUGGGCAAGAAAGGACAGUGUGGCAUUUACAAUAUACUGACUGGCCAGAUCACGGCUGUCCAGAGGACGUCCAAGGAUUUUUAUCCUACUUGGAGGAGAUCCAGUCGGUCCGUCGCCAUACCAACAGCAUGCUGGAAGGCACCAAGAACCGGCACCCACCCAUCGUGGUCCACUGUAGUGCUGGGGUGGGAAGGACCGGCGUGCUCAUUCUUUCUGAGCUGAUGAUCUACUGCUUGGAGCAUAACGAAAAGGUGGAAGUGCCCAUGAUGCUGAGGCUCCUCAGGGAGCAGAGGAUGUUCAUGAUCCAGACCAUCGCUCAGUACAAGUUUGUCUACCAAGUCCUCAUCCAGUUCCUCCAAAACUCCAGACUCAUUUAAUCCCCCCAGUCCAGCUCCUGGAGGAGGGACCCAGCUGGAUCGUGCAGGAGAGUCACCUCCAGACAACAUCUGCUCCCCCCGCGGGGGUGCAGGUGGCUGGCAGCAAGCAGGCUCUCUGAAGAUAAUAGCCAAGAUUAUUCACACAUGCCGUGUAUUAUUUUAUAUGAGAUAAUUUAUUUUUUUCCCCUUUGGAAUAACUUUUGUGAAUUAUUAUAAUGCAGUUUUCUUAAUAAUAUAGUACUUUUCAUUCGAACCACAUUUUGACUGAUCUGCAUAUAUAUGUCAGUAGGUAAGGUUGCCUGCUGGAUCAUUUUGGGGACAGAGGCAUGAGGGAGCACAUCUCUUGUGAAGUUGCAGCCGGAUUUGUAACCAGCCCUGAAAUUCAUCAGCUUAAUUCAUUCAUCAUUCAUUACUUAUAUCCAAAGCAAAGAUGGUAAGAAAAAUAAUUCAUCCUGAAAUAUAAAGAAAAGGGUCUGAAGGAACAAGCACGAUUCUCUUAUAUUUUGGGACUCAUGAGCCUUGAUAGACAGUUUCCUCUCUUCCUCAUUUCUGCCCCUCAUCCUCAGUAAUCUCCUCUCCCCAACACCUCCCCCACCAACUUCCCCCCAAGCUUGAGUUAAAGACAGAACAGCUAAAGACAGUGCUGCCUUUACAGUGCAGUAACUGCCAUCUUUGGGGCCGAAAGAGAAGCUCUGUGUUGCACUUUGCUUGACCACCCCUUAUUCUGGGCUCUGGAGUUUGUGUUUCCCUGCUGGGGACUGUACCCUGGGUAUUUGUUGCUACCUCUCCCGUUUGCUCAGUAGGACCCUGUCUGGUGGCAUUGAGGCUCUGGACCAGGCCAUCUGUGCAGUUAAGACUCUAUCCUGAUUGAGAGAGAAUAGCAGACCUAGAAAGUGAAAGGAGUUGGGCAGGGCCUUUGAGGAUUGUGUUGUUCAGGCAGGGCCUUGAUGAUCAUUGUUUUUUAUUUACAUGAGAUGUGUGUGCUGGACAGAGACCCGAAAGUUGAGGUCACUAAGUCAUUGGAAAGGUCAUCAAGGAAACAGAUGGGGAAGCUGAUUUAUGGGAACUAUAUGGCAUUUAGCUACAUAACAGGGGUCCUGGCCAGGAAACACAUCAAAUUUGACCCCCACUGUGCUGGUAUCAUCUUCAGGCUUUGGCCUGCAAGAUCAGAAUUAAUCCUACUCAGGACCCCAUAGUCCAAACUUGGGGCCACUUGAUGAACGAUGGUAGAAUUGUAGAAUUGUCAUUGGCAAAACCCUGUGCUGCUUUCCUUUUCUUCAUAAAAUCCACUGUCUGGUCAGUUGUCUUCACUUGGAAGCCCAGUUCUUAGUUUCUUCCUGUGGCUUCAUUGGUCAGUGUCCUUCUGAAUUUCCAAGGUUGGUACACAAUAAAUCAUGUUUUGUACAUUUUUCCUCUUACUGCAUUUUGGGGGAUUUAUCAUUCUAUGUCUACUUUUUCUUGAGUACAACUUUGAUAUGCACCUUUUUCUUGAGUACAAUUUGAUAUGUUGUUACGUGGUGAUAGGAAGUCAGAGGGCGUGCUCUUCCUGGUUGAUUUGAUGCCACAUCUUCCUUGUCUUUUCAGCUCGGGGAAAAGGCAGCAGUGGAGGAAGGCAUAUGGAACGCCCACAGUGAUCAGUGCAAAGAACAAACCUGCAAUUUAAAAACUGUAGUCAACUAGGCACGGUGGUUCACACCUGUAAAUCCCAGCACUUUGAAAGGCCAAGGCGGGCAGAUUGCUUGAGCUAAGGAGUUCAAGACCAGCCUGAGCAACAUGAUGAAACCCCGUCUCUACAAAAAGUACAAAAAUUAGCCAGGCGUGGUGGUUUGCCCUUGUAGUCCCAGCUGCUCAGGAGGCUGAGGCCGGGGGAUCACCUCAUUCAAAGAAUUUGAGACUGCAGUGAGCCAUGAUCUUGCCACUGCAGUCCAGCCUGGGCUACAGAGAGACCCUGCCUCCAAAAAAAAGGAAAAAAGGUUGUCAAGGAAAACUACAUGUAGUAGAAAGGAAAAUUUAAUUGCAGGGGUUUUUUUCUUAGAGUUGACUGCUGUGAGAGUUCCAUAUGCCUUUCUUCAUUGCUGCUUUUGUCCCCCCGAGCUAAAAAGAUGAAGGAGUGGCAUCAAAUCAACCAGAAAAAGUAGACCUUUGUGACAUCCCAUCACCACAUGCCAACAGGUUGCAUAUUCCCCAUUAAGUUCUUUGGAAUACGAAUCCUCUUUUCAACCUGGCCAGGUGUUGUGGUGGCUGUACUCUGUAGUUAGACUCAGAAUAUCUGGGGAUGGAGGGCUUCCCCUCUGUCUGCUGCUUCAAGGUCUGAAGACUCAGUGAAGGAGUAUAACCUGCUGAUCUUUGUAGAUUCUAGAGUUUCAUCGUAUAUCCUGGGAAGAAAACCAUUAGUAUUACAUGUAUUUUCAGUGGAACAGAGCUUAUAACCCUUAUUAUAAGAAGCUCAUCAAUAGCAAAAAGGUAUUUCUGUCCUUUUCUUGGAGGUUUUUCCAUCCUUGGGAUUUCUACUGUUAGGGAUGUUUUAGCAAGUGGUCUCAGUUACUGGUUUAUUGCAUGAUGAACAACAUCAGUAUUUAUCUUUUAUCUCUAAGCCCCAAGGUGGGCACUGUUAGAAUGUCUCAUGUGGACAGCAUAUAGAUCUGGUGUGUCUUUGAGGACAUCAGAGCUCAUGGGCUUUCUUGAAAUUCAUCCAUUGUCCCUGCCGUAUGCUACGGGAAUAUUCAUUAGUGUACAAAAUGCAGGGAGGAAGUAGAUUUAAUAUUCAACUUUCUAGCCAAAGUUUAUAUUGAAACCCAAAAGAAAACAUUUAAGAGUUGUUCCACAUAUUUCACUUUUAAAAACAAAUGCCUUUGGUUCUUUAGCACAUUUUGCAUUCCUUUUCACAUCUCCAGUAAAUGCCAGCAUAUCUCCUAUUAAAUUAGCAGCAGCCAUUUAAAGUCCUUUCAGUGGCAUCUGCAUAAUAAUUGCCCAGAGAUGCUUUAUAUCUGGGAAGCAAGCCAAGGAAUAAACCUUGAAGCAAAGUGUAUUAAAUUAGUUAUCUAGUUAGAGCUUUCGGAAUGAUUUCCUGAUGAUGUAUCAAGUCUAAAGCUAGAGCUGUCAGUGUCUAUUGCUGCAGUUUGGAUUUGAAGGGAGAAAAUUAAAAAUGGAGGAAAAAAAAGUUACCAUCUCACAACAAAGCCAUCAAACAUUUCCCAGCCGCUGUGUUCGAGGUUUUCCAAUGGAACUGUUUGGUUUCUUUCAUCUGUACUCAUUUGGAUACAUUGACCCGAGGUAUUCAUCCUUGUUUACUGUGGUCCCUGAAUCAUGGGGGCUGAAUCUGAUGUCUUCAUCCUUAAGACGAGAUGAGCCUGCUGGCUCAGUUGAGGAAUGUCCUGCUGAGGUUUCUUUGGUUUCCUUGGGUUCUAAGGAUAUACUGGAUAUAUCACCUUUUA